GCGCAAGUCCCAGGAGCCCGGCGCUUGAGCGAUGCGGCAGCUGUCAGCGUCGACGCUGACGUCCAGCACCUCACUGAGGAGCGCGCGAUGCACCCCACGCAGUCCAAGCCGGUCCUCAACCCGUACGAAGCGCGCAUCCAGCAGCUCGAGCGCGAGCUGGAGGAGACCAAGGCCAAGCUCGAGAAGGAGAAGCACGAGCGGGCCGCCGAGGUCGAAUCGCUCACACGCCGGCAUGAGACCGAGCUCGAGCUCUACGCUGCGCAAGUCGCAGGAGCCCGGCGCUUGGGUGAUGCUGCCAGCGCUGUCGUCCAGCGCCUCACCGAGGUGCGCGCACUGCAUCUCAUGCAGCAGCGACUCAACUCGGUCAUGGAAGUCGACGACGCCACGUUCGAGUACAUCUCGGGUCCCCUAGACUUUGACAAACGCGACUUUCCGUUCACUCGGUUCACGCCCGGUCGGCUCCGGAACGGGACGCUCGUGCUGCGCAUCCAGCUCGAGAAUAGCUUUAAAGGCGACGAGGACGUUCUUCUGCGCGUCAAGAAGACCCUAGCCAUCAUGCAAGCGCUCAACGGCGGCGACGGUACGCUCAUGCGCCUCAUCGGCGCCAGCAACCUCGACUCGGACGACCCGAUCGCGUACGUCGAGUACGUCACGGGCAUGACCCUCAAAGAGUACCUCAUGAGCAAGCACGACGCGACGUGGCCCGAGAAGCUAUGGAUCGCGUCUCAAAUCGCAAAGGCUAUUACUCACAUCCACAACCUCGGGUUGAUGCACCGCGACGUCUCGUGGUCGUAUGUCUUCGUCGAUGACAGCGGCAACGUCAAGGUCUUUGCUGGCUUCAAGAUGCGCCAGGUCCAGGCGUACGAGACGUACCUCACCAAGGGUAUCACGGAGGCUCGGUGGGGCGCCCCCGAGAUACUGCCAAAGCCUCAAGGCGGCGCCAACGCCAAGCUGAACAGCAGCGCCACGGCGUACACGGACAAGAUCGACAUCUUCGGCCUCGGUCUCAUUUUGAUCUCGCUCGUGACGCGCGACGUCCCGUUCGGCUACGUGCUGAAGACCUCUGGGCGACGGACUCCCAUCGAUGACAACCUUGUCACUACCUGGCUGAAGAAGCGCGAGACGGCGAUCCCGAUGCUGACGCAGUCGUUCGACGAUGACUACGCAUGUCCGUCCGAAGAGUACAAGAAGCUCGCGUUGGAGUGCAUCCAGUUCGACCCCGAACUUCGGCCGACGGCGCCCGAGAUUGUCCGCCGGCUCGAGAUGAUCCGCCAAGCGUACGGCGGCGGUGGCUUUACGACGCCCGAUGUCACCACGGUCGACCUCACGAUCGCGGUCCUCAAGACAUCUCGGAUGCGACACCCAACAUUGUUUGGGACCCCGUAUGAAAUGUGGUGUGAACUUCACAUCUGCGACGAGACCCGCGACCCGAUUCAGCUUCAGCCCGUCACCGGCACCUUUCAGCAUCUUUUCAACCAGUAUGCGACGCUGCACGACAUUGAGCCGCUUGCGCACACAAUCGCUAUCUUCCUCAAGACGUCGAGCUGUUUUUCACCAAGACGAUGGGGAAGCUUGACGGCGGUGCGGACAAAGACGUGUCCCAUCUUCAAGGAAGGUGACAUCGUCGGCUUCUUGGACGUUGCUGUGCAGUUUGGAGAGCGUCUCCGCGGGUACCUCGAGCUCUUUGAGCGGCGGACGACCGAGUACUUGCGCAACACCGAAGUCGGGCCGUCAACGCUCGAUCUCCGCAAGAAGCGUGACGUGGCCGCACAAGCGCUCGCGUCACCCCCGCCCAUCGACUCCCCACGCCCCACGCCCCUCGACAGGAUCAACGGGACCGAAGCCGCCGCCGCUCCGCCGCUCGCUCGUGUGGUCAAUAACGUGCCGUCGGUGGCGGGACUGACGGCGUCGGCCGCGCGGCUUGAAGCGCUUUGUCGAGAGAUGCGUCUCUACACGGCUGCAAGCAACGGCGAGCUCGAUGAAGUUGACACGCUUCUGCAAGAGGGUGUCGAUCCAAACUGCUGCGAGACGCUGUUGGCUCGCGCGCCCCUGCACUGUGCAAGCUCGCGGGGCAAUGUGGUCAUCGUGGAAAGCCUGCUCCAAGCCAACGCCGACGUCAACGUCUUGGAUGCGAACGGCUGCUCUCCGCUGGACUUGGCCACGACCUCUGGUCACCUCGACGUAUGUGCGCUACUUCAAGCCACAGUCGCUUCCGAGUCGGACCUGUUGUCGAGUUUUCGCGAGGUGGUAGCUCAUUAGUGUUGUCUGUUGUCGUCGGGUCGAAGGUAUCGCGCUGGUUCCUUGAGCAUCCUGCCUCUAAACCAGGGGUACUAUAAUCCCCCUUGCUCUAAACGGUC